GCAGAAUUCUGUGGAGUAGAAUUUGUUUCAUCAACAAGUGCAAAGUGGACGUAUUAAUAAAAUCGCUUGCAAAGACGAUUGCAGUAAAAAUGGAAGCUUCGACAUUCCAUAAGGGAGAAGAUGGUGUUCGAACCGCAAAAAUAUGUCGACCAUCGUCCUGUGAUGCUUUGAAACCCCUAUCGAGCGACAAAUCAGGACAAUCCAAAUGUACCGGCGUUCAGGUUAAGCUCUUACCUGUAGCUCCAUUGCAUUUGUGCACGAUGUGCAAUUCGCGUUUGGAAAAGACGUAUCUGAUGCAAUGCAAUGAUAAAAACAUUGUAUUGGUCGAUGGAUUUACCGAAAUCCAAAACACAGCGAAGAGCGGGGCAGACAUCAGUAAAGACCAUCUUGGACACGCUGCCGAACAAACGGUUGGCACAAUAUUAUCAAUGAAAACUGAAGUUGUCAUACCGGAUGCUGCUAAUGACGCGAACUGGACAUAUGAAUGUUGUGACAACCAACCUGCUGAUUUCUCAGAGACAGAGGAAAAUACAAUUACAAUCAAAUCAGAGUACGAAGAGGUCGAGCAGCAUCAGCUGCAAACAUCAAAUGAUGUUCUUGGUCUUAAGCAGGAUGACCUCAAAAGCCAUCGUAAAAAACAUAAGCUCCACUGUCCUUAUUGUGUCGCAACAUAUUCAAAUUUAAGCAAGUUAAAGAUUCACAUACGCACUCACACUGGCGAAAAGCCAUACAAGUGUACAGUCUGUGAUAAAGCCUUCCGUUCAUCAGCUCUUCUGUCAGCACACUCGAAAAUUCACAAUAAGGACAAACAGUGUCCUUAUUGUACAUCAAUGUUCGCACACUCAGCUAGCCUAAAGAUUCACAUCCGCACUCACACCGGCGAAAAGCCAUACAAGUGUAAAGUCUGUGACGAAGCCUUCCAUUCAUCAUGCAAUCUGCUGUAUCAUUCGAAAACGCACAAUAAGGACCAACGUUAUGAGUGUCCUCAUUGUUCAUCCAUGUUCGCAAACCCAUCUAGACUAAAGAUUCAUAUCCGCACUCACACUGGCGAAAGGCCAUACCAGUGUACAGUUUGUGAUAAAGCCUUCUAUUCAACAGACGCUCUGGCAGCACACUCGAAACUUCAUAAUAAGGACCAACAUCAUCAGUGUCCUCAUUGUGCAUCAAGGUUCGCACAGUUAUCUAGUCUAAGGAUUCACAUACGCACUCACACUGGCGAAAAGCCAUACAAGUGUACAGUCUGUGGUAAAGCCUUCCAUUCACCAAGCAAUCUAUCAGCACACUCGAAAAUUCACAAUAAGGACCAACAUUAUCAGUGUCAUCUUUGUUCAGCAAUGUUCGUACACUCAGCUAACCUGAAGACUCAUAUCCGCACUCAUACCGGCGAAAAGCCUUAUGUGUGUAAAGUUUGUGACGAAGCCUUCCAUUCAUCAAGCAAUCUGCUGUAUCAUUCGAAAACGCACGACCAACGUUAUGAGUGUCCUCAUUGUUCAUCAAUGUUCGCAAAUUUACAUAAACUAAACAUUCAUGUCCGCACUCACACUGGCGAAAAGCCGUACAAGUGUACAGUCUGUGAUAAAGACUUCCAUUCACAAGGCAAUCUGGCAAUACACUCGAAAAUUCACAAUAAGGACCAACAUUAUCAGUGUCAUCUUUGUUCAGCAAUGUUCGCACUCUUAUCUAGACUAAAGAUUCAUCUCCGCACUCACACCGGCGAAAAGCCAUACCAGUGUACAGUCUGUGAUAAAAGUUUCCAUUCAUCAAGCAAUCUAUCAGCACACUCGAAAACUCACAAUAAGGAUCCAACUAACCAACAUUAUCAGUGUCCUCAUUGUGCAUCAAUGUUCGCAAGUUCAGCUUACCUAAAGAUUCAUAUCCGCACUCACACCGGCGAAAAGCCAUACAAGUGUACGGUCUGUGAUAAAGCCUUCCAUUCAUCAGGCCUUCUGUCAACGCACUCGAAAAUUCACAAUAAGGACAAACAGUGUCCUCAUUGUCCAGCAAUGUUCGCACACCCAUCUAACCUAAAAAUUCAUAUUCGCACUCACACUGGCGUUAAGCCAUACAAGUGUACAGUUUGUGAGAAAGCCUUUUAUUCAUCAGGCAGGCUGACAGUACACUCGAAAAUUCACGAUAAGGACCAACAGUAUCAGUGUCCUCAUUGUCCAUCAAAGGCCGCAUCCUUAUCUAACCUAAAGAUUCAUAUCCGCACUCACACUGGUGAAAAGCCAUACAAGUGUACAGUCUGUAAUAAAGACUUCCUUACAUCAAGUAAUCUAGCAGUACACUCCAAAACUCACAAGAAGAAUUAACCUUAUUGAUUCCUUCGUUUUUCAUUCGAGUUUUGUUAUAAGUUUAAAUUUUGUAGCUUUGACUACUAAAAUGUAUGAAUUCUGCGAUAGCAGUUAGCAAAAGUUCACAAUCUGCAACGAUCAGCCUAAUAAAAUUAAUUUUCUUCAGAAACUGGGUUUUGAAUAAAAUAAGCAAUCUUUAAACCAACGGCCCAAGAUGACUCUUCUUCCCUCCGUCGCGCCAGUCCGUCGCGCCCAGGGCAAAAGUAGAUCUCGCCUUCGGGCGUCCACGGCGUCCCUCCGGUUGGCUGCGGACCAGCAUAUUUGGGGUUCUAUUUGGAUGCAUACGCGCCAGGCAGAAGGUAAAAAUCUGUUGGAGAUAAAGCAGAAACACAACUACACUCGUUCGGGGGUAAUAGAAGAAUGAUAUAUUGUACACGCAUAGGUUACUUAGUUUGACAGUAGGAAUCAAGGAUGAGUGUUGUCGUCAAUGUCACGCUUACAGUUUGAUUCACGGAUUACUAUUCCAUUUCCAACAAAAUCAAAGGUUAGAGUUCCGGAAAACUUACAAGUUAGGUUCGAGUUAGGAAACUCCUCUCUCCUCUCCAGCAUUCUGUGGAACAGAGAAAAUAGUCCUGGGCAAGUAACGUCGACAGGGAGCGUGUCCAAGGAGAGGAAAACGGCAAAACCGCACCCAGGAUGGAUGAGCCAGGGCAGCGCCGCACUACAUAAGUGACCGGCACAACGUGCAUACGUGCCGGCAUAAGUUUUCUUGCACAACGUGUGGGUUUUCCGAACCCCA